AUGCUGGAAUGUGCCACUGGCAAUUUCCCAUAUCCUCCUCGUGAUAGCUUCUAUGAACUUCUUGAAGCUGUUGUCGACCAACCAUCACCUUCUGCACCAUCAGACCAGUUUUCACCAGAGUUCUGUUCAUUCAUUUCUGUGUGUAUGCAAAAAGAGGCUACAAAUAGGUCAUCUGCUCAAAUCCUAUCAGUAAGGAAAUUUCUGUCUGCUUCACAAUUUGUAUGUUCGUCCGAAAGCGUCAUUUGA